AUGGAGCAGGAGAACCAGAAGCUGCAGCGAGCCAUAGAGGUACAGAGGGGUGCAGAGAGGUGCAAAGGGGUGAAUGGAGGUAAGGAUGGGCGAAUAGAGGCGUGGAUGGAGCAGGGCCAACAUUCAGUGAGCAUGGAGGCAGUGGACGACUCACAGCAACACAUUGAGAUGGACCUAUCACUAGGUCUGGUUGACUUGCGCACGGCAGAUGCCGUGGCGGCAGCAGAGAGGGCUUUGUCUGGGGCCGGACAGGGGAGCUCUGUGGGCAGAGGGGAGGGGGAAGGGGAGGAGGGCGAGGCUUGUAGCAGCGAUUCUGACUCAGAACUAGAAUCAGAGAGUGAAGAUUCUGAUGGUGAUGAUGGUGGGAAUCAGGGUGGUAUACGAAGGGCUGAUGCGCAUGAGGGAGAUGGCUUGGGCGGUGGAGACAGGUGUGUAGCGAUGGAGGAGGACGGGGAAGAUGGAAGUGCAGGUGGAAGUGGGGGUGUGGGAGCGGUUCUAGGCUGCUCACUUGACGGUGCUGUGGCUGGUGGGGAUUGUGGGGUGUUUCAUGUUGGAGUGGGAGGAGAGAAGGGAGGUCGGGGGCAGAAUAUACACCCACGCCAGCACAAGGGGGGAUAUGGCGGCAAAAGAAAAAAGGGGCAAGUCAAGAAGGGGGGUCGGGGAAGAGGGAGUUCGAGAAGCAAUAAGGGAAAGCCAAAGAUAAACACCCUCGCAUUCCGGCUGCUUGCUCUGGACUGUGGCGCGGAUAUGGUGUACAGCGAGGAGGUGAUCGACCACCGCUUUGUACAGUGCAAGAGAGUGGUCAACUCUGUGUUGAAUUCCGUUGACUUUGUUGAACCCACCACGGGCAUCGUGGUGUUCCGCACGUGUGAGGCAGAGAAGACGCGAGUGGCCUUCCAGAUCGGCACCGCUGAUGCUGUCCGGGCUUUAAGGGCUGCCGAAAUGGUCUGCAACGACGUGGCAGCCAUAGACAUCAACAUGGGGUGCCCCAAGCCCUUCUCCACCAGUGGUGGCAUGGGUUCUGCUCUGCUCUCCCGCCCAGAAAACGCAUGUGAUAUCCUCUCCACCCUGCGUCGCAACCUGCCUGCCUCCAUCGCAGUCACGUGCAAGAUCCGUCUACUCGACUCGCCCCACCGCACACUCGACUUUGCCCGGGCUGUUGAAAGCACAGGCAUUUCAGCUCUGGGCAUUCAUGCAAGGAAGGUUCCUCACCGCCCGUCAAUGAAGGCGCAGUGGGAGGCGCUCCCUGCAGUGGUCUCGUCGCUCUCCCUCCCGGUCAUUGCCAAUGGGGACGUCUUCUGCUACAGUGACUUCGAUUCCAUUAGAGCGGCGACAGGUGAGGGGAACAGCCGUAGCAACACGAAAGAAGCACUUGUAGCACUCUCUGCAGUGGUGUCGUCGCUCUCCCUUCCGGUCAUUGCCAACGGUGACGUCUUCUGCUACAGUGACUUUGACUCAAUCCGAGCAGGCACAGGGGCAGCAGUAGCACUCCCUGGAGCAGUCACCAGUGGUGGCGCCGCCCUCCCUCCCGGUCAUUGCCAACGGUGA